CGGACUAGGAGCAUUUCCGCAGGGUAGACCGUUAUGUUCAGUAAUUUUGUGUUUCCGUCAUACAAUAUAUCCGCUUUGACGGGUUCUCCCGUUUGGAGUAACAAUUCUUUCUUCUGCUCCCUUUUGUAAAACAGGACAGGUCCUUCAAAAUCGGAUUGUAGACUAUUGAAAUUGACCCGACAUGGUUUCCCAUUCUGUGAGAACCAUCCUUGAACCCUUGAAUCGUGUCGAAUUCAACCGCGAAAACAUGAUUUCUCGGGUUUCCGUUAGUGAUAUUGUUGAGAAGUCCCAUAUACUGUCCGGAACCUGCUCUCCUACGAUACGGGGUCGGAGAUAGCGUAAAGGUGAACCCAUAGCCUCCUUCUUUGGAGCUUGUAGGGUUUAUCGCAAAGACGAUACAUGUGCUGAAGGAACGAACGCUUGCAUUUAUGUGCUACUCCAGUAACCUCACCGCCUUCCGGUAGAAAGUUGUACCAAUAGUGUUUGGUUUUUGGUCAGUAAGCCUGAGCAGUCCGUUAGGUUGGACCGUAGCAUCUGCUUCUAUCCGAAUCUCCGAUUGCCUUCUACUGAAACUUCAGGGAAUAAACUCUGUUUUUGUUCUCUGACUCCGGACAGGGAUGGUCAGAAGAAAUACGUCCACCAGCAGGAGCAUGACUGAUCUUGAACUACCCAUAUGUAGCGAGAGAAGAAAAACAGACGACAAAGAACUUCUAUUUGUUAUACAAGAAAUCGCUCCUCUUUUGCGUAAAGAAAUUUCUGUGUGGUUAAAUUUGUAUUCGAAAGGAACACGUGCAGAAAUUUUAUACGUAUUAUUUUUCCAUUAAAAGAAUUGUAGUUGAGAAAAAUGCUCCCAUGCACUUUUACCAACGAAAGUCUUUACACUGAGGUUUUUUAAAAGCACACGUCCCCCUCAUCCUGUACUUUUUUCUAAUCCGAGUAAAAAAUCCUGCAAUCUCUACCUACCUUUUCAAACUGCUUCCCCAUUUUAGCAAUAUCCACCAGACUAUUCCCGGAAACCACCUUCUAACCGCUGGACACUAGUCCUCGCAGGCGACGGAGGAAGUAGUCUCCCGGAGAAAGAGUUGGUACACUAUGGAGAUCUUUACCACGAGUCCCCUCUCUUGGCCGACUGUAGAGGUAUCUGUUCUGACUUCCGGUGAUUACCGGAGCUGAACCCGAAGCCUCUCCAUUCCCUAGCUACUAUUGAAGUUGAAGGGUUUCCUUACUUCUAGAGCUACCAAAACCACCGGCUUAUUCCACACCCAACAAGCACUACAACUCCGACAUGACAAGCAAAAGACUCUCUAUAGCUGAGAAAGGCAAAGGGCUGGUCUCAGAACCCUACCAAGCAUCACGGAAAGCUAGAGUGCAAGUACAAGCGCCUGACAACUCUUACCUUAUCUUGAAGCACUCCCUCACGAUUGUGGGAAAAGUCACAAACCCUUCCGCCCAGAAAGUCUGGUCCUUAAUCCCAUUCUUCACUGAAAAAUGGAGUAACGGACGCAGACCCGAGGCUCCGAUCUGGGCCAAGGGAUGUUCCAGUUCCAGUUCAAUGAUGAAGCAGACCUGCUAGAGGUACUAGAUAAAAGACCGUACCAAUACGCAAAAUGGAUGGUUAUUUUCCAAAGAUGGGAACCAACGACAACUCCAAACUUCCCAAGCCUCAUACCUUUUUGGAUAAAAGUCCAAGGAAUUCCUCUCCACCUUUGGACUGAAGAGGCUAUUCAGGGAAUAGGGAAAGACAUCGGAAUCUUUGAGGAAGCAGAGAUCACUUCACUGAAUGUCCGCAUGCGAGUCCAUGUAAAUGGACGUCUCCCGCUGAUCACUAGCUCUGUGCUGAAAUACCCGAAUGGAGAUGAAGUGGUAGCUAAUUUGGUCUAUGAGAGGAUCGAAAAACAUUGCUCCUGCUGCUUUAGACUUGACCAUGAACUCCGCGACUAUUUAAAAGCUAAAGCAGCAAAGCGUGAAGCUCAAGCAUCGGGCUCAGACAACCCUCGAGACCGAUCCCAGGCGGCGAGCUCCUCUGGAAGACACUCACGGCAAUACCAGCAAAGAACAGCUACCACAAACCCUGGGAGAUCCGAGAACUUUGAUCGCAACAAUGGCUAUCAACACAACCGUGAGACUAGACAUAACAUGUGGUAUAAUGAGAGCCACAUGCUCAAUUUGAGAAGUAAUAGGGAUUCCUAUGAAAAAGCCACAGCUCCUCGCAACAGCCACAACAGACGAUACCAACCCUAUGCUCAAGAAAGGAAUAAUUUGAGAAGUGCAACAUACCAAGAAAUAUACAGACCGGUGCAGAGAACAAGCAAUCAAUCUCCCCCACCACCACCACUCCCGGUGCGCGACAGGCUCUCGCUUAGGCCACCAGUGAGAACAGAACCUGACCAUGGUGAAUCUAGCUUCUGUCAAAACUCUAACCCAAACCACUCAAAGGGGGUUCCUUUCCAUGAGACACAACUAGAAGUCCCAGCUGAAGCUUUGAAUGUUGCAAGGGAAGAACUCAGGGAUGUUAUGGUACAAUAUACCUCAUGUGUUGACCCAUCGGAGAGUGCAGCUCGAAAGGAGAGACUGCGGCAAGCUGAGGAAAAUGAGCAAAUAGAGGAAUCGAUAGCUCUAAUGGCGCGUGCUACUUUUGCUAGCCAGAACAAACAGAGACAACAGAAUCCGGAACCCAUUCCAACAGCCCUGAAAGAACUUCAGCGCUCCUCCGCCUAAGCUCACCAGUUCCCCCACCAAACCCACCAGGAAAAAGCCCCGACAAAAGUACAAGAAGAGCUUCAGCUUUAGUUCGACUAGGCCAUCCACCCCAGGAAGCUGGCCUCCCCUCUGACCAGGACAUGGCUUGCCGCAAGCCAGGAAGACCUCAUGGAACUAAGAAGGUAUCAAACAGCCCAAAGACUUUAACGGGAGCUAGCUCGCGCAAACGCAAGGUCCAACAGACACAAGCCCCCCCCCCCCCUUGUAGACGGAAGCUCACGACUCAAACUAGCAAUGAAGAUGCUGCAGGGCCCUCUCGCAUGAAGAUAGGAGACAUGAAGAUAGGAGGCUCCCAAGAGGGCAGCAAACAAAAAUCAAGCUCCACCAACUCAGAGAAUCAACCUAUUUACAAUAUGAUCCCGACAACAUCAAAACAAAAGAAGACGGAGAAGAAUUCGGAAUCCGUCAACUCUCGUUCCUUAAAGAUUGUAAGCUGGAACUGUCAAGUUUUGUGGAAUCCCUUGACAGUUCAACGGUUACGGGAGCUCAAAAAAAGCAUCAACCCGGACAUCAUCUUCCUCAUGGAGAAAAAAAAACCCAACAGCUUUGUUUUGGAAAAAUUUGAGCAGUUAGGCUAUGAAUUUCAUGAUUUAGUACCACCCUCGGGACAUGGAGCAGGUGGGCUUGCCCUGUUUUGGAAACAGGAAGUGAACCUCGAAGUCUUAGAUGCUACUCCGAACCUGUUUGAUACUUGUAUUGAGCUCGAGGGCAAACCCUUUUUUGCUUCCUUUGUGUAUGGAGAUAAUGAUAGAUUUAUGAGGAAACACCUUUCUUUCGGAUUUACGGGACGCUCCUUGGUUUAUCACGGGAGAUUUUAAUGACUUACUGAGCAAUGAAGAGAAAGAAGGCGGCCCUGAAAGACCGGAAGGCUCUUUUUCAGACAUGAGAACCUUCUUUGCAGAAGGAGAUUUAUUUGACCUACAGCAUUCGGGGGAUUCCCUAUCUUGGCGAGGUCAGCAUGGAGAACACUUUGUUCGCUGUAGACUGGACCGAGCUGCUGCAAACUCUAACUGGGCUGAACGAUACCCAACAGCAAGAUGCAUGUACUUAGCCUACGAGGGAUCCGAUCACAGACCACUUAUCUCGGUCUUUGUACCGGGAAAGAAGAGACGACCGGGUUUGUUCAGAUACGACCGGUGACUCAAGGACAAUACAGAGGUUACAAAACUUAUUGAAGCUGCCUGGGCAGAGGCUACAAACCUCCCAGUUACAGAGCGUAUAAAAUUGGUCCAGGGCAUCAUCUCACGAUGGCACAAGGAAAAGCAAGCUAAUAGUCGGCUAUUAAUAGAACAGAAACUGUGGGAACGGGAGGAAUCCCAAUCAAGCACUCUAAACGACACUCAGCUGAUCCAUCGGGUUACUGAGGAACUGAAGAGGGCUUACAAGGCAGAGGAAGCUUACUGGAGACAAAGAAGUAGAUUACUUUGGCUACGGUUGGGAGAUUGCAACUCUGGGUUUUUUCAUGCUGCCACAAAGAACCGGAACGAGCCAACGCCUUCACUGUGAUUGAGGACAGUGAGGGAAACCAGGUCUUCCAAGAAGAACAGAUCGCACAAGUUAUAGUUCAAUACUUUGGAUCACUCUUCACAUCCCUGUUUGGUGAUCAGGCCGAUAUCGCUUGUGUCGUGGACAAAGCCUUGCAGCCUAUCAUCACAGACAACGAGAAUGAGAAACUGAUCCUGGUACCAACCUCGGAAGAGAUUAAAGCUGUGGUUUUUUCCAUUCACUCAGACAAAGCACCCGGACCGGAUGGCUUCUCAGUCGGGUUCUUCCAUAUCCAUUGGGAAGCAAUUGGAGCUGACAUAGUCAAAGAGAUCCGAAAAUUCUUCGAAACAAGCCAUUUACCCCCGACCAUGAAUGAGACAUUCAUCCGCCUUAUCCCGAAGAUUCAGAGCCCGAAGACAGUUUCAGAUUAUAGGCCGAUAGCUCUUUUCAAUGUCUACUACAAGAUCAUCUCCAAAAUCCUCACAAAGAGAUUGCAACCACUUCUCCCGACCAUCAUCUCCGAGAACCAAUCCGCCUUUGUGCCCGGGAGAGUGAUCUCUGAUAACGUAUUGAUCACCCAUGAAGUCCUAUACUUCCUUCAGCACUCCAAGGCAGAAAAAAGAUGCUCUAUGGCGGUUAAAACCGACAUGAGUAAAGCAUAUGAUAGGCUCGAGUGGGAGUUUAUCCGGCUGGUCUUUGAGAGGUUGGGAUUCCACCCUCAAUGGAUUUUUUGGAUAAUGGAAUGUGUUUCUUCUGUUACAUACGCCUUCCUCAUCAACGGCUCGCUUAGAGGAAUGGUUAAACCGAGCCGAGGCAUCCGUCAAGGAGACCCUCUCUCACCCUACAUCUUCAUCCUUUGUAGUGAAGUGCUCUCGGGACUAUGUAAUAGAGCUCAAGAUACUGGUCAGCUGACCGUCGCACGGGGUUGUCCCCAAGUGAACCACCUCCUAUUCACGGACGACACCAUGUUCUUCGCUAAGGCCAACAAGGACAACACACUAGCUCUAAAAGAGAUCCUCCAACAAUACGAGCUGGCGUUGAGGUAGUCAAUCAAUACAACCAAGUCUUCCAUCAACUUUUCAAGGAAAGCGCCCCUCUCUCUGAAGAACAUGAUAAAGGACUGCAUCCAGAUUCCUAAAGAGGGAGGCAUCGGUAAAUACUUGGGGCUUCCCGAGCACUUCGGCUGCAAGAAGAGAGACCUCUUCACUUCCAUAGUGGACAGGAUCAAGACCAAGGUCAGCGGUUGGUUGAAUAAAUUUAUCAGCACGGCCGGCAAGAUGGUCAUGACCAAGAGCGUCCUAACUCCUAUUCCAACACAUGCUAUGAUGUGCUUUAAACUGCCAUGCUCUCUCUGCACGCGCAUACAAUCUGUGGUGACCAGAUUCUGGUGGGAUGGAGGAAGCGGGAGUAGAAAAUGGCAUGGGUAUCAUGGGAUAGAAUGACGAAAUCCAAACAGAAAGGAGGGCUGGGCUUUCAAGACUUUGAGAGCUUCAAUGAUGCUUUCUUAGCGAAGCUAAGCUGGCGCCUACACCACAACCCAUCGGGACUUUUGAGCAGAGUACUCAUGGGAAAAUAUUGUGGCGACACACCUUUCCUACAAGUCGAACAUAGAGCAGCGGAAUCACACGGCUGGAAAGGGAUUUUGAUAGGCAGAGACCUAAUGCUGAGCAAUGCAGGAUGGGCGAUUGGCAACGGGGAGUACGUUAACAUUUGGACUAACCUUGGCUUAGCCACUCCUCCCAAAUACGACCUAUGGGUCCAGCACCACAGCAGUACGCCGAAUGGACAGUAAAACAACUCAUGAUGCCAAACGGAAUUGAAUGGAACAGAGCUACUAUCCAACAGGUCCUUCCACACGAGGAGGAGAGGAUUCUCAGCCUAAAACCAAGCAAGACAGGAGCCCCUGACAAACUCAUUUGGCUCGGCACAUGCUCCGGCAUCUACACGACAAAGACUGGCUACCAUAAGGCCCUAGAGUUAGUGGAAACAGCUGCAACACCUGCUGCGACUGCGGCCAUAGACUGGGAAAAAGGAAUUUGGAACUUGCAAACGGCACCUAAGAUCAAACUCUUCCUCUGGAAGAUUUUUCAGCGGGCUCUCCCAGUCGGCGAACUUCUUGCUGUGAGGAAUAUUGGUACCACUCAGAACUGCACUCGAUGUGAUACAGUUGAAUCUAUCAACCACCUUUUCUUUCAUUGUGAGUUCGCAAGAAAGGUUUGGAGACUUGCACUCUUCUCUACUUGCUUUGAUUCUAGAGGUUUGCUAGAUUUAGCUACAGAGUGGCAACACCUAUGUACCCUCAAGUGCCUCCCACCGGUGGGAGUGGCGACAGGACCGCUAGCACCUUGGAUCUUGUGGUCCCUUUGGCUUGCCAGGAACAACCGUAUUUUCAACAAUAAGGACGCCACCCCCGAGGAAGUGAUCACGAAAGCCACUGCCGCGGCACAUGAAUGGCUACAGGAACAGAAGGCGGAUGACAAGCCAAAGACCAACCCACCAAGGCAGAGUCUCCCCUACCCGAACUCCACUAUUCUCCAUUCUGAUGCAGCUUGGCGGGGAGACCUCCAUUUGGCGGGACUGGGGUGGACUAUCGAUGAGGAAGACCAGACUAGUUCAUUUAUGUCCCACUGUCACUAUGUUAACUCUCCACUGGUAGCUGAGGGACUAGCGCUACGUGAAGCUUUAAGCUGCUGCAUCGCCAAGGGUCUCCGGCGUAUACUGUGCAAAUCUGACUCACUGAGACUUAUUAGAGCUCUCCACGAUGAAGCCCCUGUCUCAGAAAUUUAUGGCAUUGUCGCUGACAUUUUAAAUCUAUCGCUUGCUUUUGAUUUUGUUUCAUUUGCUUGGACUCAGCGAUCGGAAAAUAAGGCUGCCGAUGCUUUAGCAAGGCAAGCUUUAUGAACCUUGGAUCCUAAGUCUUGAAUGAAAGUAGUGUUACAAAAAAAAAAGAAUUGUAGUUAGGACUAGGCUUGCGCAUUUCCGGUAUUGGUUAAAUAUUUUAGAGAAAUUACUUAAAAUGACUCUAAUUAAUCAUAAAAUGACUAGACUAACUCAUAUAAUUUUGAAAUUACUAGAUUAACUCUUGAAGCAUGCAAAUUUACGAUUUUGCCAUUAUAUGCUAAUUAAAAAAAACUAUAUUUAAUAUUAUAAGAAAGAAAAAAAGGCAAACACUUAGGGCGAAACGCUCUCCUCGUCUUCUCCUUCACCUCCAUCUCCAAUGGUCCCUUUUCCCUCAAAACAGGCUCCGUCUCCGUCACCAGCGUGACUCGACUUUGUCUCCGCCAUCCUCCACGAUAAAUCACCUUCUUCUCUUCCUACUCGACAAACCCGAAACCGAUUUCACCGCAGUCACAUCCGGCUUCAACUACAAGUUACUCUAAUCUAUGAGUCUUUAAUCUAUGCUAUUCGAGUUGUUGUUGUCAUAGAUUAAUUGAUUGCAUGUUGAAAUUUUGGAACCCUAAUUCCCAGUUUCAUCUAACUGACUUUCAGAUCUGUUAAUUGUAUUUGAUAAUUAGCAUUUACUGUCUGUUUUUAUUUAAAGUUGUAUAAACUAGUGACUUGGUUUCGGAUUGUUUAAAAUUGUUUCCUCUUAGGAUCUAAUGAGAUACAUACGUGAUAUUGGGAAGAAAAUUGCAACAGUUCCAGGAUAACUUUUCUUGGAAGAGAAACAACUGUUUCUUGGUGAAACAGUUCGGCAAAGGGAAUGCUAAGGUUUUAUUUAGCAAAGAGAGCAACAACCUCUGCAAACUCAACUCUUACAAGCACUCUGGUUUGGCGUACAAGAAGACAAUGACCAUUCAGGUAGCUGACAAGGAGCAAGGCGUGGUACUUGGAACCACCAAGACAAAGACAAAGAAACAAAACAAUCUUAAGCUCUAUGUUAACAAGUCUAUAGGCUAUAAAGAUUUUUCAUGGACAGUUGAGUUUCUUGCUUGCAACACCUCCAUUGUUAUGUUCUUUUCUCAAAAUGAUAUUAAGAAAAAAUAGUAAGCUGGUUGCUGUCCACAUUCCUUGUUAGCAGACAACUAAUACUAGUAGCUGCUCUUUGAUCAUAUGAUAUUUUGAAUCAAAUUCAU